CUAUACACAAACCGGCUGUGACAGAAAGUGUAUGUGGCUUUUUGACAGAGCCACACACAGGCUGCUUAGUGCGUGCAUCUUGUGCUCUGCAGCAGUCCCUCGGGAGGGCAGUUGCGAUGAACUGGAUGUCAACAGAUGCAUAAGGGGUUGUCGAAGUUUGAGAACUGCAGCACAACGGUGCGCGCGCAGUGUCCUGCCACGACCACUUGGGGGCGAUCGAUGUCUUUCCGCGUUGCGCAAACGUGCCUCUCUCGGCGGAGCGCAGCUCCCCAAUAACACGAGCACAAUGGUCAACGGGCGAGACUGAGCGGCAGACUGAUGCGCGCUGCGCAUACUUACCUAAGGCUAUUUCACAUGGCAUCCUAAAACUUUGAUACAUCUCGAUUCUGACGCCGCUUGUGUGAUUUAUGGAGCCUCGCAGCAUGCUCUCGGUGGCAGCACCUGCUUUUUUGUGAGUCCAGGCUUAAUGCAGCGGUGCAUGUUUUUUUGGGGAGGGGGAGAUGGGCAGGUGAUGAGAGAUCCUGUUGAAUAAAGACCCAACGGCGAGCCGUGACCAAAACUGUCAUCCCUCGAAUGCGAUCACACCUGACUGUUGAGGUGUCAUGUUCUACGUUUGGCUACGUCGAGGAAUAUCUGGAAUUUCUGGAUAUCUGGAAAUUUUGACAAACCUGGGAUUUACAUCCUCAGCCAUCUCUAGCUUGUCAUAUUAAGGGUGGAAGCUGAGAAGACAUCCUCAUAUAAUUUCCUACUUGUUUCUGGUGUCAAGCGGAUUCAGUGAUUCAUUCAUAGCUCUCGCCUCCUGCAUUUAGUUUCCUUUUGGAUAACGCAGGCGCGCGCUACGCACAUGGAUUCUAGAACUGUUGGACACAUUUUUCUCAUAAUGAUGAUUAUGAUGAUGAUGUCACCAGAAGCACGUCGCUUCGCUACAGUUGUAAAGUCCAAUUACAAUAAGUAAAAGUGCACUGAAAUACCUUAAAGCACUUCCGAAGGCAGCGGACCUACAGUUCCAGUCAAGUGCAUUUAUGAACUUGCUGAGCCCGUCUUUUGCUCAGCCUCUUCAGCCCAUUUUCCAUCUUUCUGAACGCUUCGUAGUUUAAGAAGAUGGAGUUUGCUAUGGUGGGCGCGGACAGCGGGGGCUGCAACACCCACCUGCCCUAUGGAUAUGCACAGGCUCGCGCCCGGGAGAGAGAGCGCGAGCGGGAGAGACAGUCUCGCGCAGCGGCGGCGGCGGCAGCCGAAGCCGGAACGGUCGGAGAGGGAGGUGGGUCUAGUGGCCAUCCCCAUAACCACCCGCAUCAGAGUCGCACCGCCUCUUCAACGAAUGCCAACAACAGUAGCACCGGGACCGCCUCGCGCCCCUCCUCCUCCUCCUCUUCCUCCUCCCAACAGCCGCAACAGCAGCAGCAGCAGCAACAGCAACACCACGAGCCACCACAGCAACUUCCCAGAGAGCGAAAAAAGCAAAGAGGCGUUGCGCGCUGGAGACGGAACCGCGCGGCACUCGGCGGGGAUCUACGCCACUCAGAGUUGGCGCUCCUAGGAUCCGAGGAGGACAUCAUGAUCGAGGAGGAGGAGGCGGAGGGCGAGGAGGAAGAGGAGGACAGGGGAAGCAAGAGGUCGAGUUUUGUCUAUAACAUGGUUGAUGAAGAGGAGAGGGUCUCGUUAACGGACAGGCGUCCUCAGUCAGGGUACGAAAAUGUUUACAAUGAGUACGGCUGCUGCGAGAGAGUUGUCAUCAACGUGUCGGGCUUAAAGUUUGAAACUCGGCUGAAGACUCUCGCGCAGUUCCCGGACACUCUCCUGGGAGACCCUGAGAAAAGAAUUAGGUACUUCGACCCUCUGCGUAACGAAUACUUCUUUGACAGAAAUCGACCGAGCUUCGACGCCAUUCUAUACUUCUAUCAGUCAGGGGGACGUUUAAAGAGACCCGUCAAUGUGCCGUUUGACAUCUUUUCCGAGGAGGUCAAGUUCUAUGAACUCGGGGAAGAGGCAAUGCUCAAGUUUCGUGAGGAUGAGGGCUUCGUGAAGGAGGAAGAGAAGCCGCUGCCCGAGGACGAGUUCAAACGUCAGAUCUGGCUGCUCUUCGAGUACCCGGAGAGUUCAAGUCCAGCCAGAGGGAUCGCGGUCGUGUCAGUGUUGGUCAUCGUUAUAUCCAUCGUCAUUUUUUGUUUGGAAACAUUGCCAGAAUUCAGGGACGACAAAGAAUUUCUCAGCCCAGGUAAAAACUCCACACAGGCAAACAAUGGAUUUACGCCAUUCAACGACCCCUUUUUCAUCAUUGAGACGGUGUGCAUCAUUUGGUUCUCGUUUGAGAUCAUCGUGCGCUUCUUCGCGAGCCCCAGUAAAGCUGAUUUCUUUAAAAAUGUUAUGAACACCAUAGACAUUGUCUCUAUUUUGCCUUAUUUCAUAACUCUCGGCACAGACCUCGCUCAACAGCAAGGCAACGGGCAACAGGCAAUGAGUUUCGCGAUCCUGAGAAUAAUACGACUCGUCCGCGUGUUCAGGAUCUUCAAACUGUCUCGACACUCGAAAGGUCUUCAGAUCCUCGGGCACACUUUGCGCGCGAGCAUGCGAGAGCUGGCGCUGCUCAUCUUCUUCCUCGUCAUCGGUGUCAUCUUGUUCUCCAGCGCGGUGUACUUCGCAGAGGCGGACGAGCCCUCGUCACAGUUCACCAGCAUCCCAGACGCCUUCUGGUGGGCUGUAGUGACCAUGACCACAGUGGGCUACGGGGACAUGAAGCCCAUCACGGUCGGGGGUAAAAUCGUGGGCUCGCUGUGCGCCAUCGCCGGUGUCCUGACCAUUGCGCUUCCAGUCCCUGUCAUCGUGUCCAACUUCAACUACUUCUACCACCGGGAGACUGAUAAUGAGGACCAGGCGCCUGUUGUGGAACAACCCCCACCGGGCUGUCCGUACUUUUCGGAUUUCUUGAGAAAAUUCAGAGGGUCCCCAUCGGGGUCGUCUUUGGGUGACAAAGCGGCAGAGUACAUGGAGAUGGAGGAGGGCGUGACAGAAUCUCUGUGCGGGGCUGACACGCAAAGCCCGAGCAGAGGGAACGGUACUGACAUAGGCGGAAAAAAAAGUUCACAUUCACGAACCCUACAAACAGAUGUAUGAUUAUGGAAGAACGAUAAUUUUCAUAAAGGUGACUGCACAAAUGAAUCAGUUGACAGCACACAUGCACAACUUGAAGACAUACAGUAUGCGCGUGCGCAAAACACAAGGAGACGCUCACACACAUACAUACAUGCACUCAAUAAGUUCUGGACCUGAGCUGAAACAUUUUUGCUAUGUGGCUACUUUUGUAGAGAAACAUACCCUGUAAUCACGUGACAGGCAACGCAAAAACCACCAGCUUUACUUGACGCGGAGAGGUGUCUCUAUCUGCCCACCUGUUCAGUUUAGCUGAGAGAACUGAACGACUCCCGGUUCAUUAAUGAAGGCAACAAAAAGAAACUUGCAUUGGCACUUUAUGAGUUACAUUUGUCAGUAAUUGUAGGGAAACAGUCGAGUUCUUAUCGUAUGCUAUUAUGCAAUAACGUUUAAAUCGUUUGCACUAUCAUCAAUUAUGUUAUAGUCUCCCAGUUUAAUGCAGAGGUCAGAAACGUGUAACACUUAGGUAGAGAGGGAGGACAUUGAAAAACGACUCAAUUAUCAACAUGACUUGCAUUAUUAAUUAAUUAAUUCGAAAUACUAGCAAACAUAUUCUGCAGUCUUCGCUGAUGAAAACCAAUUCAGCUAAUAGUAAUAAAUUAUUUUAAUAUAUUUGAAUUAUGAUUAAUUGGAAAGAAGCAUGUUGCCCAACUUAAGGCAAUGUUUUCUUAAAUCCCAUUACGGCAAACACGAAUCCGCAUGGCAGUAUUCAGUAUGUUCUACACUCUGGUAAAACCCCUUUUAGCACAAACCCUGUGUAGUUAUUUGUGCAUUGUCCACGGUGACUGAAGUGUCAUUUAUAGUCAGUCACUUUUUUUUUGUUUAUUGAGAAACAAAUCAGUAAUGUUAGUUUUUGUUCAUUAGCACAAUAUUUGAAACACCAUAAUUCAUACAUCACACACAAUGCGAGGAUUCAUUCUUACUAAGCAUCACAGUCACAUUAUGGCAAAACGAGGCCAAAAUAACCGGUUCACAUUGUCUCACAAAGUAAACACCUUGUACAACAGAGUCAACGACACCAUGGCUUGAAGGAUCAGUUUGGCCAAGUUACUGUCAUGGGAGUAUAUUUCAAGGGAAUGCAUCAUGCAACUAUUGUCUUCAUCCCUUUACCAAAUGACAAUGCAUCCCUUUAUAAAAAUGCUGGCGGAAAUGUACAGCUCUGGAGGGAACAUGAACUUGGUGGACUUCAUGCACAGCGAAUUCUCGUCCGAUUGGAAUGCACGAUGACCACUGAACAAGCGCAGUGCUUUGUGGAACCCAGGAACUGAUUGGAUCGUUAAAAUUGGAUGUUACAAAUCAGAAUGGAGCCAGUUGGAGUAUGAGGGAAUUGUGAUAUCAGCCGAAAGUGCAAGUCAUUUCAGAGGUGGAGAAUCUGAAGAUUAAAGCCUUGUGAGUCUUUCCUAUGAGAGACUUUUCCGUGAGCCGUUGGACUCCUACAGAGGGGAACAGCAAUGACUGCCAGUCAAUGAACAGCAAGUGGACAGGAUGGACCCGUCAAUGCAGGUGUCACUGAAGCCACUGCUGGACAUCAGAUAGAGAGUGGACACUGCAGCCUCUCCGACGAGCAGUAAGACAGGAAGUCCAUCAAGCCAGGUGUCAAACUGUUUAAGACCCACCCCAGUAAAUGCCUUAAAGACACAGUAUACUACAUCUUUAUGUAGAUGAACCUGCAGCAGGAGACUUCUUAAAAUAGCUUGACAAGUUUUCAUUUUCCUCUUUAUGAGUGAAUCAGUGUCUUGCAAGAUCAGAUGUGAAUAUUUUCUUAUAAUAGAGAAAUAUUUGUUUGGGUGUAAUAUUGCCACUUUUUUUUUUUUUUUUUUGGUAGGCCUGGUGAAAGCUGUUAAAUAUAAGUGAAGGGAAAGUCUACUGUCUGUCUGUGGCAGCCUCUUCCAUCUAGUAUUAUCUCUUUUCAUUUCCUAAACCAAAAGACUGCCAGCUGGAAUGGAGAAAUUCAGCGGCAGUGCUCAAUGAUGUCAGUCUGAACGGGUCACACAUUUACAGUAUGAAUGCAGGGUCAAAUCACAUUCCCUUCAGCACCAGACUCAUUGCUUUUUCUCAAAUCUUCAACAAUCAAGAACAAUCCGCUUUUAGAUUAGAAGAGCUGUGUCUGUCAUUGAAACCUUCUAUGUUUUUUUUAAGGGAUAUUUCACCCCAAAUUUCAGAAAAUAUGGUGAUCGUUUAUUCACCCUCAUUAUGUUAUUCCAAACCCAUAUGA